AUGGGUGCUGCAAGAAGCAGAAGCCGAAACGCGCCGAUAGAAAAGUCGAAAAAUUCGGCAGUCGAGAACCAGACCUCAAAGUACACAGAUGGCGAGUCCGAUGAAUUCGAGUUUGGAGGUUCUCUCGGCGUCACAGCGCUGAUGAUCAGCUUCCCUCUCGUGAUGUGGUACAUGUGGAUUGGCGCAACUUACUACAAUGGCCAACUUCCUCUGCCGGCUUCUGGUCAAACCUGGGGAGACUUUGCCCGUCAUCUAGCUCAACUCGUCUAUGAAGGGGCCUAUCCGACGGCCAAGGCCUGGGUCGUCUUUUGGACAUUCUUUCUAACAGAGGCUGUCAUGUACUGCUACAUGCCCGGAGUGAUGAGCCAGGGUCGGCCACUGCGCCACGAGGGCGGCAAGAAGCUGCCGUACUAUUGCUCAGCAUACACCAGUUGGUAUGCGACCCUCGCUAUCGCCGCGGGCCUGCACCUGACCGGCAUCUUUCCCCUGUACACACUGAUCGAUGAGUUCGGCUCUAUCAUGACGGUGGCUAUCAUUUCCGGCUUCUUGAAUUCUUUCAUCGUCUAUGUCCAAGCUAUUGUAAGGGGACGAACCCACCGUCCCACCGGCUAUCCUAUUUACGACUUCUUCAUGGGUAUCGAGCUAAACCCACGGAUUGGAAUUCUUGACUUCAAGAUGUUCUAUGAAGUCCGAAUCCCGUGGUUCAUCCUGUUCUUGAUCACCGCAUCUGUGGCUACUCGCCAGUAUGAGGAUUAUGGCUAUGUCUCGGGCGAGGUGCUGUUCCUUCUUAUGGCGCAUUUCCUCUACACCAAUGCUUGCGCAAAGGGAGAGCAGUUGAUCAUCACAUCUUGGGACAUGUACUGGGAGAAGCUUGGCUUCAUGCUCACCUUCUGGAACAUGGCCGGUGUGCCCUUUACGUACUGUCACUGUGCUCUCUACCUCGCAAACAACGACCCGUCCGAGUACCGCUGGAAUCGCUAUGCCUUGUCUGCGCUAGUCGUCGUUUAUCUCUUCAUGUACUGGAUGUGGGAUUCGUCCAACGGGCAAAAGAACUCGUUCCGCCAGCAGGAGAGAGGUCAGCUUAUCAAGCGAAACACAUUCCCGCAAGUACCUUGGGUCGUUAUUGAGAACCCCAAGACUAUCGAGACGGAUGCUGGAGACCGUAUCCUCGUGGAUGGCUGGUUCGGCAUUGUGCGGAAGCCGAACUAUGUGCCAGAUAUGUUCUUCUCAAUGUCCUGGGGCCUUAUCACUGGGUUCAAGAGCCCCUUUCCCUGGUUUUACUUCGUCUUCUUCAUGAUCAUGAUCGUUCAUCGUGCUACCAGGGACAUUCAGCGGUGCCGCAGAAAGUAUGGAGCAGCUUGGACGCAGUACGAAAAGGAGGUGCCGUAUCUUUUCUUCCCAGGCCAAGAAAAGUGA